AGUUCCUCCAAUUCUCCAUUUCUCCAUUGCCCGCCGCUCAUUCAACCGUUAGCUUAUCAGAGAUUGAUUUGACCAUUCGGCUUCGUAAAAAUCACCUAGUUUUCCUUUUUUUCAUCUAUGGACGGUGAAGAAAGGAUGGAGGGCGUGCCUCAAGUCUCAAGCUUCGUUAAGAACUUAGAACCCUGAAGCUGUAUGAUAUAAGAGGUCCAUCUGUUCAUUUCACAUGAAAAAGAUGAUUAACAGCAUUGUGGACUGGAGUGAAAUUGAACAAUGUUAGUUGCACUUCGUUGUGAUCAUUCUUCUCACAAGUGCCACCAGAAUCCUCUCUUAUGGCUGGACGAUCCCUCCGCCUCACCCCCAGACGGGCACCACCAAAGUUUCUUUGGGUCUUUCUUCUCAUACUUAUCCCAAUUUGUGUGAUUGGAAUCUUCAAUCAUGGCCAGCAGAUAUCCUAUUUCUUCCGCCCCCUUUGGGACAACCCGCCUCCCCCAUUCACCCAUAUACCCCAUUAUUAUGCUGAGAAUGUCUCGAUGCAACAACUCUGCCAUCUCCAUGGUUGGUCUCUCCGUUCUGAACCUCGCCGUAUCUUCGAUGCCAUUAUCUUCAGCAAUGAGCUUGACUUGCUUGAGGUCAGAUGGCGUGAGCUUCUCCCUUAUGUCUCCCGAUUUGUAAUACUUGAGUCAAACACCACCUUCACUGGCAUUCCGAAGCCUCUAUUCUUCAUUAAGAACCAGGCCCGUUUUGGAUUUGCGGAGGGAAGGAUUGUCAAUGGUGUGUUCUCAGGCUUGGCCGCGAAUCGCAGGAUUGUUGAGAAUCCCUUCUUACUCGAGUCGGAGCAACGUGGGGCCAUGAAUGCAUUAAUACGUCGUUCAGGGAUCUCUAAUGGUGACCUCCUUAUAAUGUCUGACACUGAUGAGAUUCCUAGUGCACACACUAUGAAACUCUUACAAUGGUGUGAUGGGAUCCCACAUGUGAUGCACCUUGAACUGAGACACUACAUGUAUUCGUUCGAGUUCCCUGUAGAUUACAGCAGUUGGCGGUCCACGGUUCAUAUAUAUGGGCCUGGUACCCGCUACAGGCAUUCCCGCCAGACAGAUCUUAUAUUAUCGGAUGCUGGGUGGCAUUGUAGCUUUUGCUUCCGUCAUAUUGAAGAAUUUGUGUUUAAGAUGACUGCAUAUAGCCAUGCUGAUCGUGUAAAGCGGCGGGAAUUUCUUAAUUAUUCAAGAAUUCAGAGGAUCAUCUGCCAGGGGGAUGACUUAUUUGAUAUGUUACCAGAAGAGUUCAGUUUUCAGGAGCUGAUUAAGAAGUUGGGUUCAAUCCCUCGAUCAGCUUCUUUAGUUCACCUUCCUGCUUAUGUUUUAGAAAAUGCAGAGAAGUUUAGGUUCCUCCUCCCCAAUGGCUGCUUGCGGACGUCAAAGUGACUCGAAGAGUGCUGAUUUCCUAGAAGCCAAGUGGGAAAUUUAGUUUAAUGUUAAUGUAACUUGUAAUUAACCAGUUAUCUGAGUUAUUUUUCCCUCCAUCAGAGACCUGAGAUGCCCGGCUAGUGUAUGCAAAUGUAAGAUCAGUAGUCUUAUGGUUCAUGUGUAGCUCAAUUAUAUUAUCAGGUAAUUAUCAACUAUU